CCUUAAAGCCACUUCUCAUCAACAAGAAACACACAAACCCUAACAAAAACACUCUUCAAACUUAUUAGUGUCUAAUGGCACUCGUUAAUGACCAUCCCAGCGAAACUAAUUACAUGUCAAAACAAAAUUCCUCCUCGUCCGAAGAUCUCUCCUCGCCGGGAUUGGAUCAGCCAGACACAGCUUACGCCGGUGGAGGAGGAGGAGGCUCGGCUUCGAGUAGUAGCACGAUGAAUUCAGAUCAUCAACAACACCAAGGGUUUGUGUUUUACCCAUCCGGUGAAGAACAUCACAACUCAUUGAUGGAUUUCAAUGGAUCAUCAUUUCUUAACUUUGAUCAUCACGAGAGCUUUCCUCCUCCAGCCAUAAGCUGCGGUGGUAGUAGCGGCGGCAGCGGCUUCUCCUUCUUGGAGGGCAAUAACAUGAGCUACGGCUUCACAAAUUGGAAUCAAAAUCAUAUGGAUAUUAUUAGCCCUAGAUCCACCGAAACUCCUCAAGGCCAGAAAGACUGGUUAUAUUCUGAUUCAACUGUUGUAACCACUGGUUCUAGACACGAGUCUAUGUCACCUAAAUCCGCUGGAAACAAACGUUCUCACACGGGAGAGAGCACUCAACCAUCCAAGAAACCGAAUAACGGUGGGAACGGGAAGGCCAAGCCUAAGCCAACAUCUUCACCUAAGGAUCCACAAAGCCUAGCAGCCAAGAAUCGAAGAGAAAGGAUAAGUGAACGUCUCAAGAUAUUACAAGAACUUGUACCCAAUGGAACCAAGGUUGAUUUGGUGACGAUGCUAGAGAAAGCUAUUAGCUAUGUCAAAUUUCUUCAAGUACAAGUAAAGGUACUCGCGACCGAUGAGUUUUGGCCGGCCCAAGGAGGAAAAGCUCCAGACAUUUCUCAAGUUAAAGACGCCAUUGAUGCUAUCCUUUCCUCAUCACAACGAGACAGGACUUCGAAUCUGAUUACCAAUUAAUGAAGAGUUUAAUCAUUA